CUCUUAUCUUAUCGGCUGCGCUCACUCAUCUAAUCGUUUGGCAACUUCUCGACUUCCACUUUCUUUCAACACCAACAGUCGAUGAGCCAGCCAUGGCAUCACCUCCGCCAUCAAAGGCCCUGGCCAAGCGGCCGGAUGGUCAGCUGAUGCCACCUCCUCCAGCUCCAAAACGAAUCAAACGCCCCGCCACCGUCCUCGACGAAGACGUCUACACCAACGCUCUUUCACACAUCAUCGCCCGCGAUUUCUUCCCUGGUCUACUAGAAACCCAAGCCAAGCAAGAGUAUCUAGAUGCGCUGGACUCCAAGGAUAAAGCAUGGAUUACUAGCUCCAAGAAACGCCUCGCAGACGUUAUGCGCACGCCGACGCCCGGCUCAAAUGCGCGACGGAAAAUAGAUUCGGGUUCUGUGGCGGGCACCCCGAUGCAUUUUCCGGCAGCUGGCUCCGAUGAGACUCCUCGUGGAUGGGGAGGGGAUACUCCCAUGUCUGUCGCGUCUACUGCAACAUCUGCCACGACGAGGGAGGGCCUGGAGGUUCCCGACGUCUCUAACAUGGGCCUGAUGGCCUUCCAGAGCAAGUACACCAGUGAAGACAACGAAUCCUUCAAUACUGUCCUCGACAAGCAAAACACGAAGAAACGGGAGAAAUAUGCUUUCCUCUGGAAUAACAAUAAGAUUCCCUCCGCCCGCCAAAUUGCCCAUCACCAGCAAGAAGUCAAGCGCAUCACUGCACAAGGUGGCAACCCCGAAACUAGUCUCGUUAAGCGGGGCGAUUCUGAAGUUGCCAUCAAAACAGACCUUGAUGCACGGCCUGCGAGACCUGAUGCAUGGAAUUCCCGCCCGGACAACGGUCUCAUGUUCCUCCCGUCUUCGAUCGAGGAUACGCACGAGACGCUGCACCAACAAGCAGAGGCAGCCUCACGCGCAGGCCCGAAACGAACACUCUAUCAAAACACGCGCCUGCUAGAUGUAGACGCUGCCGCCGCUGCAGACGCCACAUCCUCCGUCCCCGACUCGCCUUCAAUCUCCGCAAUCCAAGAUGCAAUCGCCGGUCGGCCGCGCUUCAGUGAAUCAGAAGCCUCCGCAGUUCCGGGCGGCGAGACACCCCGCGUCAAUGGCUACGCUUUCGUUGACGAAGACGAACCCGAACCGGAGCCCGCCCCCGAAGACCCCUUCGAAGCAGACUGGCGUCUCCUCGGGCGCUCAUCAGAUACAACGCCGAAUCCAUUCCAACUCCGCGAAACUCGCAAGCGCGAGGCCCUACACCACCGCAUGGUAGAUCGCGUCUCGCGCUCUAAACGCGCUGAAAAGGCUGCCCGUACGAUAAAAACUCCUGUCACCGUGACCCCGCGCUUUGCCAGUAGUCCCCGCGUGGACUUUGGACUUCGAGGUACACCGGGUGGUCCAGUUCCCGGUGGCCAGGGCAAGAUGCUGACGCCUGCUGCACAUAAAUUGUUGUCGCAGGUUGGUGGGAGUACACCGAGGGGAUCGGGAUCGGGGGCUACGGGGAAGUCUGGAUUGGGAAAUAUCUGGACUCCAACGCCGCGGCGGAAGUAAGCUGGUGCGUUUUGGGAGUAUCGUCGCUGGUGCUGGGUUUAAUGGAUUAUGACUUAUGAUAUCAAUGGUUUGGGGCGUUCUUUUGGGAGAUGUAUAUAUAGAGGAGGUUGCUCAUGCAUAUUUAAUCGAUGGACAGCCAUGGUGCUGUAUCAAUCAAGUUCAAAGGGGUUACAACGCCCUCAUGGAAA